AUGGAACCAGCGCAGCAGAGCUAUGCACCAUCGGCUUCGGAGCGGCCUUACUCUGAGAAUGUAGCAACGACGAAUCCGGCUGAAAAUGGGCAUGGACCUGCGACCACAACCGCUGUCGCACCGCCAGAAGUGGAGGCACAUCCUCGAGAGUUAGGAAGCCAUUAUUUCUUGUUGGGAACGUUGGUACUGGGCCUGAUUGGGUGGUUAGUCGCAUUGGUGUCGCAAGCCGUCGUCGCAGCGCAAAUUAACAAUCCCCGUAUUCGAAUUCUGUGGUUCGGAAUUAUCAUCCAAACCCUUGUGACCGCCCUGGUGGUGCGGGUCAUCGUUGGAUCGCCAACGUACAACGCAGCGUACGCGUACGGCACCCAGAUAUCCGUCUUCGCUGCUCUCGCCACAGUGUUUGCUGUCAUGGGUGUCGACCGGAACAUCUACUUCUCUCGAUCGGCCGAGAAGGCGACAGGCGCGGGCUGGCUCAUUAUCGCAAUCGUGGACCUCCUCUGGAUUCUCUACUUCACAUCGCCGCCGCAGUCGCCCGUGACACAGCUUGUGGCGGCCAUACCUGUGGGCAGGCGGACAGACGAGCCAUACAACAAGGUGGAGAAGAUCGGGCGCAGCACGGACGCGUUCCCGAUGUCGCCCAUCCAUCAGCAGCAGCCGAGGUCGGGCAAUUGGAGUACACAGGAACCUGCCGGCGGUGCUGGAGUGCGAGCCACGGUGACGAGUGCAGCAUCGGAGAACAGGAGCACAGGAGCGGGCGGAUCACAGGCGCGGGGAGAGGGUUCGGAGGACAGACCGGAUAGUGGAACUGCCGCCGCUGAAGAAGCACCAACGCAACCACAGGAACCACCCGAAGAGGUGGCGAAAUGGAGAGCUGAGGCCUUAUUUGACUACAAUGGCUCGGAAUCAGAUCCUACUGAGUUGAUUUUCAAGAAGGGAGAAGUCCUUUUCGUUAUCAACAAAGAGGGAAAGUGGUGGAAAGCCAAGACGAAAGCUGGACAAGUUGGCAUUGUGCCUUCAAACUAUGUACGACUACUGUGA